AUGGGGGAGAAGCCCACGGAGCUGGCAGUGAAUGAAAGGGGAUCUGGCACACGCACGUUCACAAAACCGAUCCAGACCUCCGAGACAGAUGGAGACAAGCUUCACUUGGCACCACCGCAGCCCGCGAAACAGUUCCUCAUCUCACCUCCAGCCUCCCCACCUGUAGGGUGGCAGCCCAUAGAUGACGCCACCCCUGUCAUCAACUACGACCUCCUCUAUGCAGUUUCCAAGCUCGGACCAGGAGAGAAAUACGAGCUGCACGCGGGGACGGAGUCCACUCCCAGCGUGGUGGUGCACGUCUGCGACAGCGACAUGGAAGAUGACGAGGACCCAAAGAAUUCUCCAAAGCCAAAAAUCAUUCAAACCCGGCGCCCUGGGCUGCCCCCUCCCGUAUCUAACUGAGCCUCUCCUGGCAGAAGCAGCACUUCUCUCCUCCAGCACAGCUCUUGGGUUUUUUUUGUUUGCUUUGUUUUGUUGAAAGGCAGCCAUCGCCUUUUGAGUAACCAGGACAUUCAACUCCUUGAAAUCCCUUUCACAGUAAUCAAGCCUAUGUAAUUAAAGGGCUAGGAAAAAAAAAAAAAAAGAUCUUUGUAUAUGUAACCAUAUCACACACCAACGGAUAGAUUUUUCUGGAAAGGACAAAACAAGGCUGAAGAAACAAAGGGAGGGUUUCAGCCUGAGGAUUUUUUCACAGCUAUAAUUUGUGUGCUGAAACGCCGCUACCAGAGAGAUGGUUCAGGGUGGGCAAUUAGGCCGAGAUCAGGCUUGAUAUUCAAACUCCCCCAAUAUUUGCUGGUGCCCUUCAUCAAGCAGCCAGCUCCUCUGCCCUCCUCAGCUCCCCAGCAGAUCUUCAUCUUUUCCUUUUCCUUUUCUUUUUGAAUUUUUUGAGUGGGGGGUGUGUGUUGUUUCCACUCUACUACCAGCUUGGUGGCCUUUUUGUCCCCCUGGCUUUUUCUUUAGGGAAUACUAUCUUUGCAAUGUUUUUAGAAACAGCAGAAAAACACCCUUUUCCACCAGCAGCUGUGGAGUAAGUACACUGGUCCUUACUGGUGGCCCCGGGGCGUGAGACGGAGCUCUCUGGGCUGAGGGCAGAGGCAGCAGCUUGCUGGAGGGUCUGGUGUCUCAGUCUUUGUCUCUGAGGAGGAGGGAGCCAGAAUAUCAAUAGAAACUGUAAUUUUAUCUUCCGUAAAGGUGUGAGUGGUACUUUCUCUGAGCCCGAGGAGGAAAAAGAAGGGGACUGACUGCUCGUUUCAGCUGGGAUUCAUUGCUCUCUGCCGUAGCUGUAAGUUCCAGCAGUGAUGCAGGCUGAAGGCUCUCUAGUGGUGUGCUGAAUAGCCCUGAAACUCUUAGGAAUUACUUGUACAUCCCCAAUAUUCACACCUUUUCCCUCCCUGCUUCCUGUGCUUUGAAGCCCUUUUUUGAGCUGUACGCAGUUUGGGUUUGUGGAGGUGAGGAGAGGUUAGUUGGUGUUCUUUUGGGUUUUUUUUUUUUUUUUUUUUUUUUUUUUUUAGGCCAAAGAAAACAGGACCAUAAUUACACACUUGAAAUUAGACUGCAUGCAACCGAAUCCCCUUUUUUCACUCUGUCCUGCAUGUUUCUUUCACUUGCAAUGUAUACUGGGUUACAGGGAUUGUUCUGUGUUGUCAUCGCGGCUGAGAGCAGACAGACACUGGAUUCCCUGUCUGGCAGACCUGCCGUGAUGAUUUAUUAUUUUAUUAUUUUUUUUUUUUAAAUGCCUACUUGUCAUUUUGAGAACAUAUUUUCUAGACAUUUGAGCUCAGAUUUUGCAUAUAUUUAAGCAUGCGCUUAAUUUAUGCACAUGAGUAGUUCCACUGAAAUUAAUACUGCAGAAAACUGAGCAUAUGUGUAAGAUAC